UUUCUCCUGAAAAACAACUCGCGAUACACAACAUAACACACAUUUAAAACUUCAAACCAGACCUCUCUCUCACUCGCUCUCCGAAGACGAAGACAUUUGAAGAGUAGUUUACGCCGUUUUAAACAUCCCUUAAAUUAAUAUAUGUGUGUUUAAAAGCACAGUCAGUCAGUCAUUCACGAGUUUCUGUGCACUCUCUCUAUAUAAACUUUAUAUAUUUUACUUUUUCAAUGCGAUCAGCGCUUAGUAUUUGAAGUUCACAGCAAUUAUUGUUGUAUAACAUUGUUGUCUAUUACAUAGAAAAGAGUACUUUUAAUUGUUUUCUCCACUAUCUCUCGCACUCGCUUUCAGUGUUCAUAAUAGCAAAAAAUUCGUGCAAAAACUUGUUGUUUGUCUUUUCAAAAAACAUUUUUAUUCUGAAAAACACUUGUUUAAGCGAAACCCUGUUGUUGUUGUGUUAUAUAACACACAAUAUUUCUCCAUAAGGUGUGAGUUAUUACAUUACAAGUCAUUUAUAUAUUAACCUAAAGCGAGAAUUGAAUUGAAGAUCAAAAUGUUGAGACUAUUAAUAAUUGCAUUUCUGACCAUCACUUCUGUUUUCGGCCAAACGAGACUACAAUUAAAGGACAACGAGAAACAGAUUUUGGACCAAUUGUUGGAUAAAAACAAAUAUGACAGCCGUAUAUCACCCGUCGGGCCUGAAGUGAACGGAACACAGGGUCCGGUAGUGGUCAACACUAACCUAUAUCUGCGCUCAAUUGAGUACAUCUGUACAAAGCGUAAUGAAUGGAAAGCGCAAAUCACUUUCCGGCACCAGUGGAAUGACCAGCGGCUCAAAUAUGACGACAAGAGCGGCAAAAUCAAGUACCUGUCCCUCGAAGACAAGGACCAGAUCUGGACGCCCGACACUUUUUUCUCCAAUUCCCGGAGCGGUGAAGCGUUGAAAGAUCUGAAGCCAAACGUUUUGGUUCGCAUUUACCCCAACGGAAACGUAUUGUUUUCUAUACGUUUGUCGGAAGUGCUUUCAUGUCCUAUGGAUCUCAAACAUUAUCCGUUUGACACACAGACCUGUUCUCUACAAAUGGCCAGUUAUGGAUUCACAACUGAAGACUUGGUGUACGCGUGGAAAGAGGAGUUACCCCUACAGGUGACCAAGAGAUUGAAUUUACCAGAGUUUGUACUCGAAGACUAUAACACUGAUUACUGCACCUCUAAGACAACUACAGGCGAAUAUUCCUGCAUUAGAGCUGACUUCCACUUCCGUCGGGAGUCGUCUAAGUACGGGUGCCAAUGGUUUUUGCCCACCGCUAUCCUCACGUUCAUCGCAUUCAUCUCGUUCUGGUUGAAGCCAAACAAGUCGACCCGUAUUAAGCUACUGGUUGUCACUCUCAUCUUCCUAUACCUUCACAUCCUAUACAUAAACGGAAAGUCUUCGCCGGCAGUCAGCUAUCAUACAGCGAAGGAUUGUUGGCUCUCAACGUGUCUGGUCUUCGUAUUGGCCGCUUUCCUCGAGUACGGAGUCGUCCAUUUGGUCCACAAACUCGUCAAACCCAACAAAUGUCCCAUUGAUUCGAGCGAUUGCCAGAACGGCAAGAAUGUCAAUAAUUGCGAAGAGGGCGACGCCGUGGCACUG